AUGGAGAGAAACGAGAGAAGAAUGUAUUACGAGCGUUAUGUAAUUCCACAAGUACUCCAAACGACAAAUCUCUCAUACAACAGAAAGGAGCAGGGUUACACCCGCACAGUGGUAGUUCGAGUAAUAGACGAACGAGCCUACCGAAGGAGAAUAGGGGAACAUGAGCCAUUUACAAUGCUCCUGGAUGUAAGAACACCAGGGAAUGGUCCAACUAGAAGAGGCAGGAGAGGAUUUAUUCCACCAUGUGUGCUUUUCAAAGUAUUUAUCAAGAAGAAAAAAACUCGAAGAAUAGUACUGGAUGAAAUUUCAUCUAACCAAGAAGAGUCCCAGGCAGUGAUUGACCAUGCUGAAGAAGAAAGGAGUGACCCCAUGAGUAUUAAUAUUGCGACAGAACCAACCACAGCCUCUGACUCGAUGUAA